AUGGAGCCCGGCGGCGGCGGGGACGCGCUCCCGAGGCUGCGGCGCCCGGGGCGGCGCGGGCCGGAGCCCCGGGACCCGCAGCAGCCGCAGCCGCCUGCCCGGGGCGGCGGGACGGCCGAAGAGUCUACAGCUGUAGAGAAGACGAUGAGGCCUCUUAACAGACUGAAUAUUCAUUCUGCAUUCUGGAUUUUGGCAUCAAUAGCUGUGACGUACUACUUUGAUUUUUUAAAAAAUAUCAAAGAAACUAUGCAAGCAGAUAGCUGGUGGCUUUCCUGUGGCACUUGUUUAUUGGCUGCAUGUUUAUGUGUUGCCUUUUACUGCAUACUGUAUCUUGAGUGGUACUGUGGAAUUCAGGACUAUGAUGAACAGUACCCUGCACUGAUUCCUAUCACAACAGCUACCUUCAUAGCAGCAGCAGUUUGUUUCAAUGUUGCCUUGUGGCCUGUCUGGUCAUUUUUGACACCUGUGUUGCUCUUCAUUCAGUUCAUGGGUAUUGUGAUGCUUGUGUCACUCCUGGGAUAAGCCCUUCAGCUUCAUGUGAAGGACUCAAGGAACUGUAAUCCUGCAAAGUGUAAAAUACUGUUAUCUGGAACCUGUGUUUGUACUUGUAAACCUACUUACAGGAGACAUUUCUUGAUCUCUGAAAUUUCUGCUGUUAUAUUUGUUACCAUAUAGGAAAUACUUUAUUAUCUAAUGUCUUGAAUUCAAAUCUGCUAGUGUUUAAAAAAAAGUAUGGAUGAGGGAAAGGGAAAGCUGGUUGACAUUUGGCAGUGUCAUCAAUUAAUUAAAUAAAUAAAUAAAUUCUACUAUAUGCUCAUACAGUUUGUCUACAGCCAAAGGUGGAUGAUCAAGCUGUGAAUAACCAGCAAUACAAUGAACAAUAUUAACACUAUACAAGAAAUUUGGAGCACCAUUAAAUUCUUUUGAUGUAUGCACUGUUUUCCAGUAUUCAGGUUGUUUUUUCUUCUGUAAAUCAAAUUUUCAUUCUUAUCAGUGCCUGUUAAUGAAGUUGCCAUUUUCCUUACUCAGCAAUGAAGAGGCUGAUAUUAACUUAAAAGCUACUAGUUAUACUCAGUUGGGAAAAUAAAAUAGCAUGUUAUUUUUAUUAACUGUCUGUUCAUGUUGGCUGAGAUACUUAACUGUCUGAAGACCUGGGCACCAUCUGGUUGCUAGACCACUUUAUGUGUGUCCUUGUGUAAAUACUUUUCCAUGCAGGCCUUUUGGAAAAUAGGAGAAUGUAGAAAUUGGGUAUUGAAACCUGUUAAAAUCAACACUUGUGAGUGUUGCUUAAAGUCUGGACUGCCAAAGGAUACUGUAUUCUUCACUCUGACUUCCAAAUUCACACCAUUGCUGAACACAUGGAAUGUUUAGUGAUGUCAGAGAUACACAUUGUCUUUGGUUGUUACUGUUCCAUUAAUGAAAAAAGUUGGGACCUAGUAGUAUGUAAUACAAAGAAUCAGACAAACCAAAAUAAAGUGCAUUUAGCACCACUUGAAGUAGUUUGUAGGGUAAGUUAACAGCUUGAUUUGUUUAAAUGUAAUAUUUAAAUUUGCCAAAACCAGUCAUGCUUCACAUCUUUAAAGUGCAAGUUGCUUAUCUUCAGGUCUUCAGUUUUUAAAAGGUUUUACCAAUUUUGUCUGGAUACACAGGUACAUUUGAGUAACUUUCUUUAUUACAACAUUUAAAAUGCAGUAUUGCUCAGGGAUGGUUAUUAUAGCUGUAUUUUUAUUUGUCAGGUAUAUAAUUGCUCUAGGUGUUUUAAGUUGCCUUGUAAUCUGAAUUAAAAUUACUAUUUGCUACAAGAUUUUUAAAAUUCAUUCUUCUAAACAUCUUAAUAAACUUUGUACAAAAGUGA